AUGACUGCUGAUCGAGAAAAAAAUUGUGAGAAAAAGCUUAAAGCAGCCGAAUUAAAACUAAAUAAAAUACUUAACAAAAUUGAUACAGUAAAACUUAAUAAUUAUUAUAUUUCAAAUUUACAUAUUCCGGGUAGUAAAAGUAAAAUUAAUUUUCUUACUCGAUGUGUUGGUUUAAAAAGGUAUAUUGUGUUUGCGUUCCUCGUAGUAUCCGUCAUAGGUUAUUGGUGGUUAUACUCCGAAGCAGUAAUAACUGGAUGCUUCGUCAAGCUACCCGAGCAAUCCAAGUCUCUAUUCCGGUCACCAGAGGACUGUUCGAUGUGCAAAGGCAUUAACGACGUCACACGGCUCGCAAAUAUAAGUGCGGAGGAAUUCGAAGAACUGUACGCGUAUAACACUAAGCCUGUUAUUGUCACCGAUGCAACUACAGAUUGGGAAGCACUAGAGAAAUUCAAUUUCAAAUUUUUCGCUGAUUUCUACCGAAAUACAAAAAUGGGUAGAAAAAUCAACGACUGCUUCUACUUCGCUUACAAAUCUGGUUUGAACUCAUUAAGCGAGGUAUUUAGUAUGGAUGAGAUGCGAGCUAAUCUCUCUGGUGAGCCGUGGUACGUCGGCUGGAGCACGUGCUACGAGGAAGAGACCAAAACUUUGAGAAAGUAUUACAACAGGCCAUACUUCUUGCCGAGGACAGCUGAGAGCGAUAUGGUGGAUUGGAUUUUUAUGGGAGGUCCAGGACAAGGGGCUCAUAUGCAUGUGGACUCCGUGCGGCACGUGUCGUGGCAGGCGCAGGUGCGCGGCCGCAAGCGCUGGCAGCUCGCGCCGCCGCCCGAGUGUCUGUACGCGUGCGCGCCGGUCGCCUUCACCGUGCACGCGGGCGACAUAUUGGUGGUAGACACGAACCGUUGGUACCACAAAACAAACGUGCUUCCCGGAGACAUCAGUAUUACUAUAGGAGCGGAGUACGACUGAAACGGUUACCUUAGUAACUAUAAUCUAACUCAAAUAUAUUUAUAAUAAAUAUUAAAUGUCAAAUAAACUAUUAUUUUUUGUCUAGCCUACACUAGUUAUAAAAUAAUGUUUGUAUUAACUUCUUCAAAUUACAUAAAUUAAUUUGUGUUAUUCUAGCAAUUAUAAUGGAACCCAUUGUUUAAUAAAACUCAAAAAAUAUGAUAUAAACAAUAUUUACUGUUUUUUAAAUUUUAACGAAAAUAAACAAUUUGUCAAAAUAAUAGCCAUCUAUGGGAAAAUAUAAAUAAUUGCUCCAUUUGAAAGAAAUAUUUUGUCUAUGGUCAGUAUAGCUAAAAAGCCGAGAUGGCCUAGUGGUUAGAACGCGUGAAUCUUAACCGAUGAUCGUGGGUUCAAACCCGGGCAAGCA